UGGCAGGGUAGCCAUGGGGCUGGAGCGUGGACCGCAGCAGGAACUGAGGGAUGCUUCGGGGACUUUCUAGCAGUCCUAAUUCAGGGGGAGAGGCUGAGUUUCAAGAUGCCAUCGUGGUUCAUCUCCAGUCCUUUUCUGCCACCCUGGGGUCUGCUGAGCAUUGCCUGGCUCUGCAUAUAAACUCCGGUGGGCUGGAUUCUGCUACCUAUCUGCCUUCCGUGGCUUCGUCUGACGGCUCAGAUGACGGCAUGUUAUUACAAAAGCAGGCAUCUUUCUGUCAUCCCGGGGCCUUGACCAGGGCAGAAGAAGCUUGCACUUGGGCAUCUAGUAGGUGGCACAAGUCCUAGACCUAAAUGGAAAGCAGCUGCCCAGGCGCCCGGCGGAGCAUCCGGUUUCGUAGCGAGAGUGAGAUGGCUUCGUCCGACCCAGCCCCGAGCCCUGCAGUAGGGGUUGGCCUGGCGCAGGGCGCCCUGGAGGCCUCGGCCGAGGGGGAGGAAGAGCUAGGGGAGGCGUUCGAUUUGGAGGAGAGCGAGGAGGAGGAGGACUCCAUCGUGGGGGCGAGCAGCACUAGCACCGAGCCCAGCAUGGGAGCUACCUUGCAGGCCCCAGCCCAGAGGCAUCAGUCGGGAGUGGGGGCUGAGCCCCCGGCUGCAGCCGAGGAGAGGGAUGGAGCCCCCCCGGCGGGGCAGGCACCGCUCGCCGACUCCGACUCCAGCAUCAGCGCCAACUCGCUCGCAACACAGCCACCGACAGAGCUCCUCUCGGUGGUCAGCAAUGGAGAUGUGGUGGGCAGCUCCCAGUCGAGGACCCGCACCUUCAGCUGGAAGAGGAAAAGCUCCCGGCGAGGCGACCGUUUUGAGUUCCCGGCGCUGGAGGAAGAUGUGAUCUACGAUGACGUCCCCUGUGAAAACCUGGACUCGGAUCAGUACGGGACAGACAGAAACCUGAUUUACGAGGACGUGCAUCGGGAGGAGGGGCAGCGGGACGCCCAGGAUCUAGGCUGGAGCUCCAGCGAGUUCGAGAGCUACAGCGAAGACUCCAGCGAAGAGAUCAAACCCGAGGCCGGGCCUGCCAAGCUAAAAGCAUCCUUCCAGCCAAAGCUUUCUCCAGACCUGAAUAGGCUAAAGGAGAGAUACGCCAGGACUAAGAGGGACAUUCUGGCUUUAAGAGUUGGGGGGAGAGACAUGCAGGAGCUGAAGCAGAAGUACGAUUGUAAGAUGACUCAGCUGAUGAAAGCUGCACGCAGUGGCACCAAGGACGGCCUGGAGAAGACCAAGAUCGCGGUCAUGCGGAAGGUGACUUUCCUGCAUCGGAAGGAGGCGCCAGGUGACUCGGAGGAGGAGGACACGGGGUUCCUGGAGGUCACCGUCACCGACAUGAGACACCCGCCUCCGGAGCUGGGUCCCAUGCCCGAAGGACUAAGCCCUCAGCAGGUGGUUCGGCGCCACAUCCUGGGCUCCAUCGUGCAGAGCGAGGGGAGCUACGUGGACUCGCUGCGACGGAUCCUCCAGGAUUACAGAAACCCCCUCAUGGAGAUGGAGCCCAAGGUCCUCAGUGCCAGGAAGUGCCAGGUGGUCUUCUUCCGCCUCAAGGAGAUCCUGCAGUGCCACUCCAUGUUCCAGAUCGCCCUGUUCUCCCGCGUGGCCGAGUGGGAUGCCACCGAGAAAAUCGGGGACCUCUUUGUGGCCUCGUUUUCCAAGUCGAUGGUGCUGGAUGUGUACAGCGACUAUGUGAAUAACUUCACCAGCGCCAUGUCCCUGAUCAAGAAGGCCUGUCUCACCAAGCCGGCGUUCCUGGAGUUCCUCAAGAAGCGGCAGAUGUCGAGCCCAGACCGGGUCACGCUGUACGGGCUGAUGGUGAAGCCCAUCCAGAGGUUCCCACAGUUCAUUCUGCUGCUGCAGGACAUGUUGAAGAACACGCCGAAAGGCCACCCGGAGAGGCUGUCGCUCCAACUCGCCCUCACCGAGCUGGAGACCCUGGCUGAGAAGCUCAACGAGCAGAAACGAGUGGCCGACCAGGUAGCCGAGAUCCAGCAGCUGACGAAGAGCAUCAGCGAUCGCAGCAGCCUGAACAAGCUGCUGAAUUCGGGGCAGCGCCAGCUGCUGCUUUGCGAGACGCUGACGGAGACUGUUUAUGGGGACCGCGGCCAGCUGAUCAAGUCGAAGGAGCGCAAGGUGUUCCUGCUAAACGACAUGCUGGUGUGCGCCAACAUCAACUUCAAGCCUGUGAAUACAAGAGGCCAGCUGGAGAUCAGCAGCCUCGUCCCCUUGGGCCCGAAGUACGUGGUGAAGUGGAACACGGCCCUGCCCCAGGUGCAGGUGGUGGAGGUCGGGCAGGAGAACAGCACGUACGACAAGGACAACGUCGUCAUCCAGAACGCGGGGGCUAAAAAGCACGUGCCGACCAGCCAGUCCUCCCACAAUAAGGUGUAUCUUGGGCCUCCACGGCUCUUCCAGGAGCUCCAAGACUUGCAGAAGGAUCUGGCGGUGGUGGAGCAGAUCACCCAGCUCAUCAGCACCCUGCACGGCACCUACCAGAAUCUGAACAUGACGGUGGCCCAGGACUGGUGCUUGGCCUUGCAGAGGAUGAUGAGAGUGAAGGAGGAGGAGAUCCACUCUGCCAACAAGUGCCGCCUCCGCCUCCUGCUUCCUGGGAAGCCGGACAAGUCUGGCCGCCCCAUCAGCUUCAUGGUGGUCUUCAUCACGCCAAACCCCGUCAGCAAGAUCUCCUGGGUCAACCGCCUGCACCUGGCAAAGCUUGGGCUCCGGGAUGAGAACCAGCCUGGGUGGCUGUGCCCUGACGAAGACAAGAAAACCAAAGCUCCCUUCUGGUGUCCUAUCCUCGCGUGCCGCAUGCCUGCCUUCUCCUCCAAAGCCCUCGACCUGCAGCUUGGAGCCGUGGUGCACAAUCCCGUCCAGUCUUCGCUGCUGGGCUUCUCUGCUGUCAGCACCUCCCUGCCGCAGGGCUACCUGUGGGUUGGGGGAGGCCAAGAAGGAGCAGGAGGCCAGGUGGAGAUCUUCUCCCUCAACCGAUCAGUGCCACGCACAGUGAAGUCCUUCCCCGUGGCCUCCCAGGUGCUCUGCAUAGAAUACAUCCCGGAAAAGAGCGGGGAGGAGCAGGAGAAAACUGAGGAUUCACAAGCGACUGCUGAGCAGGCCUCCGCUCUGCACCCCACCAUCUGCCUGGGGCUUCAGGAUGGCAGCAUCAUGGUGUAUGGAAGCGUGGAUACGGGGACUCAGUGCUUGCUGACCUGCAAAAGCCCGGGGCGGCAGCCCGUCCUCUGCCUGAAGCACAGCCCCGACUACCUGUUUGCUGGCCUGCAGAAUGGGAUUGUAGCUGCCUAUGCCAAGAACAGCGGGGGGCUGUGGGAUCUGGAGGCGAAGCCCACCUGUCUGCAGGUGGGGACCGGGCCGGUGAGGGUCCUCCUGACCCUGGAUGACACCCUGUGGGCCAGCUGUGCCAACCAAGUCACCGUGCUGGAUGCUGCCAGCCUGAAGGCUCAGGACACCUUCGAGGCCCAUCCGGACAAGGAGGCCAGCGUGACUCACAUGAUCAAGGCGGGCAGCGGCGUCUGGAUGGCUUUCUCCUCGGGCUCCUCCAUCCGCCUCUUUCACACCGAGACCCUGGAGCAUCUGCAGGAGAUCAACAUCGCGACACGGACCACCUUCGUCCUGCCAGGCCAGAAAAAUGUCCGUGUCACCAGCCUGCUGAUCUGCCAGGGACUGUUAUGGGUUGGCACCGACCAGGGCAUCAUUGUGCUGCUGCCUGUACCCAGGCUAGAGGGCAUCCCCAAAAUCACUGGGAAAGGCAUGGUCUCCCUCAAUGGCCACUGCGGCCCGGUCGAGUUCCUGGCCAUGGCCGCGAGCACCCUGGCUCCCGACAUCCUAAAGAGCGACAAGGAGGAGGAGGGCGGCGAGGCUGUCUGCGGCGACGAGGAGAAGCCGGAGGGCCGGUGUCCGGAGCCGGUCACCCACGACAGCCACCCGGGCCGGGAGAUGAGGAAGAAGGGGAUCCUCUUGCAGUACCGGCUCCGCUCCACCUCCCACCUCCCCGGGCAGCUGCUGUCGGUGAGAGAGGCCCCCGCCGUGGCGGGCGCCGGCGCCCUGGAGCACACGGAGGAGGACGGCUCCAUCUACGAGAUGGCCGACGACCCGGACGUGUGGGUGCGGAGCCGCCCGUGCGCGCGGGACACGCACCGCAAGGAGAUCUCCUCGCUGGCCAUCAUCUCGGGCGGACGAGGCUACCGGAGUUUCAACGCCAGCAGCAAGGGCCCGGCGUGCAGCGAGACGGACAGCACGCUGCUGAUAUGGCAGGUCCCUCUGACGCUAUAGCGGGGACCGUAUCCCCACCGCGCGCCGCUCAGGAGCCGGGACGACCGAGCCUGACCGCCUUCGCCGACAUCUCUCGUCCCGGGCUACCUACGAAGCGACUGCUCGGGAGGGACUCGGUUCUUAACUUCCCACCGGCAAAAACGAACACCUUCCCACCCCCACGACGCACCACCCUCCCUUUUGUAGGACUCUUCCAAACGUGCGACUUUUUCUUCCUUUUCUUGAGAAACCCGCUUGUUUUUUGGGGUUCCUUUUAACAGUCAGAAGAGGUGCCCUCCCUGCGGGCUUUGGAGGCACCCGAACGUUGCCGAACUCUUCGGCGCGUCUCUUCAAAAGAGGGCGCCGAGCCUACGUGUGUCCGUGUGUGAAUAUCUAUAUAAAUAUAUACAUAUAUAAAUAUAACGAUGUAUAUUAUGUGUACAAAUGAAAAAUCUGUAUAUAUCGGGGCAUCUGGAGCUGCAGAUAUAAAAUAAAAAAGGAGGCUUGAGCCACGGCCUGGUACACCCAGCGGUGAGGGCUCUCUUGUGAACCGCU